AUGCUACUUCAUGCUUUCAUUUCUUCUCUCUUCUUUUAUCCCCACAUAGCAUUCUCUACCAGUGACCUUCGCUUUCAGAAUUGCGGUUCUACCAAUAACUACACAACGAAUUCGAUCUUCUCCACCAACCUCUUCCAAGCACUCGACAAUCUCAGUAAGUACACCGCCUUAACCGGUUAUAAUGCCACCACCACAGGCAACUUAACUGGAGAAUCAGUGACUGCGCUCGCUCUUUGUCGCGGUGGCUUAGCCCCAUCAGGCUGCCAAAACUGUAUCACCGAUGCCUUGUCGGGUAUUCAAGCUGCAUGUCCAAAUCAAACAGCAGCCCAAGUUUGGUUUGACAACUGCACUAUCAGGUAUUCUGGCAAGAAAUUCCUAAACAAGGUAGAUGAUUCGGUCAUCGUCAAUUUCGGUGACUGGCGCCUCGGUCCUGAUCCAGAUUCUUUUAAAGAAAGUGCCCUAUUAUUAGUCCAAACUCUAUCAUCACAAGCUGCUGUAGCAGAGAAGAAAUAUUCAGUGGGGAGAACCAAUAUAACACACAACUUGAUGCUUUAUGGCUAUGUUGAUUGCACUCGUGAUCUUGACAACACAGGUUGCACAAAAUGUGUUCUGACCGCAAUAGACGCGAUAAAGUUAAGUUGUUUGUCAAAAUGGUUUUGUUGGAUCUUGACUCCCAGCUGUAAUGUCCAAUUCAAUGUGGAUCCAGUGCACCAGGACUGGCCUAAUGCCCCGUUUGUCAGCAGUUUUAUGUUAAUGGCGCCACCACCUGCAACCCUAACAGUUAAUAGUACUCGAGGUGGUAGAGGCAAGGGAUUGAAGAUCAAAGUUUCCGUUGGGGUGGUUACGACAGUUAUUCUGGCGGUUGGGAUUCUUGUUAUGAAGGCAAGGAAGAGAGGGAUGAGAAUGGACCCCAAAAGCCGUGGCAAUGAAAUUGAAGAAGCUGAGGAGUUGAUGAAGAGAGGAGGAGUAGGGAUGAGAAAGUUUAUGUAUGAUUUACAUCAGCUGGUUGUUGCAACCGAUAAUUUUUCUACAUCUAAUCGGCUGGGUAGGGGAGGAUUUGGUAUCGUUUACAAGUUUUGGGGCGGUGACGACCACGAGCAUCAUGCUCCUAAGUUUAUAAUGUCCAGCAAAGACGAGAGCUCUCACUCGUCUUUCUCAGAGUCUCCCUGCACUCUCAGACUCUCUUCGUUGGUGGAGCGUCCCUUUUUCUCAACCUCACUUUCUUUCCUCCUCUUCUUCCUGUCUCUUACUUUACUCUUCCUCUUCCCAUCUCUACCUCCAGAUUCCCCUAAAACCCCUCACGCAACAUCCAAACCUCCAGAUUCCUCUGUGAACAACUUGAUUUCUCAAAAAGAAAUGGAUCUUCUCAGUUCAACAGACUCCCAUUAA